AUGCGUCAGGGCUGUCUACUGAGCCCGGACGUAUUUAACCUGACCCUAGAGGUGAUGCUGCGCACUAUAUUGGCAACAGGUAAGGGCUAUAUGCUGAAGGGUAGACGCUACAGCAGCCUGUUCUACGUGGACGAUGGGGUACUGGUUGUGGGCUCACCAGCAGGGAUGGAGAGGCAGUUGAGGGCAGCAGAGGAGAGUGCGGCGGCGAUCGGCAUUACCUUCAAGAUCGGCAAGUGCGCCACAUUGCACGUAGUCGGUGGGAGUAACGGGGGCGCUCAACCAAGCGUCUUCGAGUUGCAGGGUGCCCGUAUGCCUGCGCUCGAUUCCACCGAUGCCUAUGACCAUUUGGGCAUACCCACCGGUUACCAGGUGCGACAGACCCUGAUCUCCAACAUCAAAGACCUCAUAGAGGACGCCGAAAAAGUCGGUGAGUCCCUGCUGGCGCCCUGGCAGAAGCUGGACGUGGUGGGGACCCUCCUGCUCCCGCACCUCGACUUUGCUGUGCAGGGGGCAUCGGUUGAGAAGGAGUGCCUAAGGGUUGCUGACAGGGAGGUUCAGAGGCUAGCCAAGACCUGA